CUCUCACACACGAAACAAAACACAUCGAGGAGCAGACACGACCCUCCCCGGGAUGCGUCUCAGUGCGUCGGGGGACGGGUCAGGGCUGAGGUUAGGACGGCGUCUGUGGCCACAUUGCGGAGAACGACGAGCGAUGUGAGGCUAGCCGACAUUUCGCGUUCCUCGUAGAGCCCAGACCGGACCGGGUUCGGGGCCAGCCGCUCCCCGGGUCCCGGAGUCACGCAGGCGGGCAGCAGGCGGCGCCGUCCGCGCGGUAUCCACGGUAACCUUCCGGUGGUACCGGGAGUGUUUAACCCCGGGUUUAACGGCGGAUUUGACGGUUGUUUUGGUGAAGAGUGGCGGAGCUGUAGCCCGAAAUGGCGGAGCUCUAGAGGAGGAGAGCAACAAAGGGGCGCGGAGAGCGGCGCUGAUUGGCCCGCUGCUAUCACGUGGCAAACUGCGUGUCACGUGAUCAAACGACGCGUUGUUAUGAAUGAGGAUUUCGGGCUACUUGUGUUAUUAUUAUAUAUUAUUAUACGCAAAGCUGUCAUUAAAUCCACAUAUGAGACACAGAACUCACCGUAGCUCCAGGAGAGACUCUGGAAUCUCCUAGUUGAUGAGCUCAUACCUCCAGGAGAGACGCUGAUAUCUCCUGGUUGGUGAGCUCGUAGCUGCAGGAGAGACGCUGGUAUCUCCUGGUUGGUGAGCUCGUAGCUCCAGGAGUGACUCUGGUAUCUCCUGGUUGGUGAGCUCAUACCUCCAGAGCUGCGACCGCCAGAGCUGCGACCGCCAGGUUACCGUGGAAACAGACUGAAUGAUCAUAACUUCAGAUUUACAUGAAGACAACUUGAUUAAUCCCAUGAUGUGCGUUUAAUGUGCAGCUCUGCCAGUCCACACGCUCGUCUUAAACACUGAAACCCUCCAGAGAUCCACCAACGCAGCCACAGCCAGCAGCAGAAAGUACUAUUAAAGAUGGUGGUCCAGUCCAGAGACAUCUCCCCGUUGGCUUCCCGGUGGUCCGGUCCAGAGACAUCUACCCGUGCCCUCCCUCUCGGUGGUCCGGUCCAGAUACAUCUCCCCGUGCCCCCCCCUCUCGGUGGUCCGGUCCAGAGACAUCUCCCCGUGCGCUUCCCGGUGGUCCGGUCCAGAGACAUCUCCCUGUGCCCCCCCCCCCCCCCUCUCGGUGGUCCUGUCCAGAGACAUCUCCCCGUGCGCUUCCCGGUGGUCCGGUCCAUGGAUCCCUCCUGGAUGGAGGUGAAGGAGGAGGCGGACCUGGAGAGCCCCUUCAGGUUCGAGGGGCUGCGCGGGAAAGUCCGCUUCUCCUUCGCGGAGAUCAAAGUGCUCCUGGAGGAGGUGAAGAACCACCGCUUCGUCGUGCUCAAGAAGUUCAACGCAGGUGUGUCGUCUGAGACUAAGAAACAGACGUGGUCUGAGAUCACAGAUAAAGUCAACAGCCUGGGGGUGACAGUCAGAGAGGUGCGCCAGAUCAUGAAGAAGUGGGCGGACCUGAAGUGUGAUGCGAGGAGGCGCAUGCUGGCCAUGCGGGCCCCCAAGGGCCACAAGAAGACCCUGGGCCCCGUGGAGGUCAUGGUGCAGAAGAUCCUGCUGCUGGCGCCGGGCAAGGACGAGGCUGAGUUGGACAUCGAGAGCUUCGAGGAGUACAGCCGACGGAGACCGAGAGCGAAGCCCCGAGGACGCCCCCGCCGCCACUCCAUCUCCUCCCCCAAGGAGGAGCUUGUGGAAGACUUCUACCAGUCCUCUCCUGAGAUGAACUUUGACCUGAUCAACGAUGAGACCAUGCCGUUAGACUUUGAGGAGCAGGACGAGCUCCCCCCGGACGUCAAGCUCCCCUACCCCAGCUCCCCCUCCUACGCCCCCUUCCUCCCCCCGCCCCCGUCUCCUUACCCCUCCUCCUCCAACGGCAGUGCCCCCUUCCUCCCCCUCCCCUCCCCCUCCUCCUCCUCCUCCGUCAUGCCGCCUCCCCUCCUCCUCCCUCCCCCUCCUCGCCCCGCCCCUCCGGCCCCGCCCCCCGCCCCGGCCCCGGCCCCGGCCCCGCCCCCCUCCCCCCCGGGGGAGCGGCUGGCCCGGGUGGCGGCCCAGAGCCUGGUGCAGCAGCAGGUGGGCGGGGCCCUGCUGGGCUCGGUGUCGCGCUCCCUGGAGCUGCUGGCGGCGGCCGUGCAGCAGCUGGUGGAGACGCAGCAGGACUUCAUCAGCGAGUCGCUGGAGCAGCAGCGCCACACGCUGGACGUCCUCAAGGACUUCUCCCACAACGCCCUCAGCCUGCUGCGGGACCGGCCCCCGGCCCACGCCCGGCUGCCCCCCUCACACGCCCCCGGUCCCCCGACCGGACCGCCGACCGGACCGCCGACCGGACCGCCGACCGGACCGCCGACCGGUCCCCCGACCGGACCGCCGACCGGACCACCAACCGGUCCCCCGACCGGACCGCCAACCGGACCGCCGACCGGACCGCCGACCGGACCGCCGACCGGUCCCCUGACCGGACCGCCGACCGGUCCCCCGACCGGACCGCCGACCGGACUGCCGACCGGACCGCCAACCGGACCACCAACCGAUCUACCAACCGCUCUACCAACCGGUCCACCAACCGAUCUACUAACCGGUCCACUAACCAGUCUACCAACCGGUCCACUAACCAGUCUACCAACCGGUCCACUAACCAGUCUACCAACCGGUCCACUAACCAGUCUACCAACCGGUCCACUAACCAGUCUACCAACCGGUCCACUAACCAGUCUACCAACCGGUCCACUAACCAGUCUACCAACCGGUCCACUAACCAGUCUACCAACCGGUCCACCAUCAGCCCCUACUACCAGCACACUACCAGCCUCUGGACCAGAACCAGCACCUGGUCCACAAGAACCAGCUGGACCAGAGCAGCGCCUCCUAACACCACAAGAUAAUGAAACCCAGAACGCAGUCCUGCCCCCGAUGGAGCAGCCAGAAGCACCGGGUCCAGGACUGAGGGACCAAGAACCACAGACCCCCCAACCCAUGGAGGUACAGGACACGCAGCCUGAUGAACCCUGACCCUGAUGGACCCUGACCCUGAUGAACCCUGACCCUAGAGCUCAACACAACCCAGGACCAGUGAACCCAGACCAAGACACUCUAACCCAGGACCAGUGAACCCAGACCUCACCUAACCCAGGACCAGUGAACCCAGACCUCACCUAACCCAGGACAGACUCGUUAACCCAGGACAGACUAGUUAACCCAGGGCAGACUCGUUAACCCAGGACAGACUCGUUAACCCAGGACAGACUCGUUAACCCAGGACAGACUCGUUAACCCAGGGCAGACUCGUUAACCCAGGGCAGACUCGUUAACCCAGGGCAGACUCGUUAACCCAGGGCAGACUCGUUAACCCAGGGCAGACUCGUUAACCCAGGACAGACUCGUUAACCCAGGACAGACUAGUUAACCCAGGGCAGACUCGUUAACCCAGGACAGACUCGUUAACCCAGGGCAGACUCGUUAACCCAGGGCAGACUCGUUAACCCAGGACAGACUCGUUAACCCAGGACAGACUCGUUAACCCAGGGCAGACUCGUUAACCCAGGGCAGACUCGUUAACCCAGGGCAGACUCGUUAACCCAGGACAGACUCGUUAACCCAGGGCAGACUCGUUAACCCAGGGCAGACUCGUUAACCCAGGGCAGACUCGUUAACCCAGGGCAGUAGGCCCUCGCCCACAGUAGAAGCAGGGCUCCGUGUGGGUGAGCUGAACUCUUCUUGGGCAUGAGGAACCGGGUCAGACCUGGUGGCCUGGAGGCCAUGUCACCCUCCGUCUCCCCUGGAGGCCAGGUGACCCAUGAACCUUAGGCUGACUGGGCUCCAUGGUAACGGGAUACGUUGGCCUUUUUUACUGAAUCAUACACUGUACUGUACUUUAUGACUGAAGAUUGUUCCCUUGACGGAUGAACUGAGGAGUCAAUGUGGACACUUCUACUCUGAAGGAAGGAGACACUACAUUACCCGCGAUGCCAGCGCCUUGGCACAGAGCUAUUUGAACUGUUUAGGGCUGCUGGUUGUGUUUGUUUUUUUUAUGAAUUUCAUCUGCUCGUCAUAGAUUUCCCAGCCAGAUAGGAGAUAUUUUACACAUAGGAUGAAGUAAUAGUAUAUUAACCCGAUCACUGCUGUAUGAACCAACCUCAAAUAAAGUCGAAAUAACUGGA